UUGGUUAGUGAAGUUUGUCUUCUUCGCGACUCGCGAGCUAAAACCCUAAGGGAAAUGCCAAAACCCUGAGAGAAUCCAUUUCUAGCAAUCAAUCUGCAAUGGGUUUCGCUUUGUGCAUUCGUAGAUCAGCUUCUAGUUUGGCUUCCGUGUGUGGUCGUGUGGCUCGAGCUCAGGCCGUCUCCGUCAUUGUUAAUCGCGCUUCUCUUGUUCCCAAGCCAUCUCUGCUUUAUCCUUUCGUCUCUCGUGGAUUCCCUUAUUCGACGGCCACUGAGCGAUUAAAGUCCAAUCAGACGCUUCUACAAGUUAUUGACUCCGAAAUCAACGUUUCUAUUGCUGAUGAUCACGAUGUGGAGGAUGAGACAAUAGCCUCUAGUGACUUUCCUUUCAAAAUCGAAGAUAAUCCUGGACUCCGGACUGUGACUUUGACUAGAGAAUACAACGGAGAGCAGAUUAAAGUGGAAGUAAGCAUGCCUGGUCUUGCCAUGGAUGAAAAUGAAGAUGAUGUGGAUGACGAUGAAGAUGGUGGUGAUGGUCGUCAUGAGAAAGCGAAUGAAACAAGCAUUCCACUAGUUGUUACUGUGACCAAGAAGAGCGGACUCAGCCUAGAGUUUAGCUGCACCGCUUUCCCUGGUGAGGUUGUCAUUGAUGGUUUGUCUGUGAACCGUCCAGAGAAUUCUUCCGAAGAACAAUUGGCAUACGAUGGACCAGAUUUUCAGGAGCUGGAUGAGAAUAUGCGCAAGUCGUUCCACAAGUUUCUAGAGACUAGAGGAAUCAAAGCAAGCACAACAGAUUUCUUGUAUGAGUACAUGAUGAAGAAAGAUAGCAGAGAGUACUUGCUAUGGUUGAAGAAGCUCAAAAACUUUGUCCAAGAAUGAAGAAGACACACUUUAGUAGAGUAAGAGCUAGAUUUUCUUUUAUGGUUGCAGAUUUCAUUUGUGAUGACUUUGGAGUUCACAAUGGUGUUUUGAAUGUGAAAUUCGAAUUUGAUAAUCAUUGUUAA